GUCGUGUGACGUUUUGGCAGGGUGUUUGCCUGACAGGUACAUUUGGGUGGAUGUUUUACCUGUCGUAAAUUAGCACAAAAAAACUUUAUAAUAAACAAUUUAAUUAGCAUAUAAUAGCUCAUAGUAAUUGUUUAAGUUAAGGAAAGCCUGGGUGAGCGAGUUGUAAAUAGAGGAUUAAAUAUUCCGUUUUUCACAAGUUUCGAGGCGGAAACACCAAAGACACAAGUUGACGCUCCUGCUUGAGAAAUGCCAGGCUUGGCAGAGAUAUGUAUUGGCAUGCUGUCGCUGCUCCCUCUGGCUUGGGCCAGAGUAGUCUACAGCCACAAUGAAGUGUUCCUGGGACAACAGUCUGCGUCCUCGUACCUGUCUCGCUCGCUGCUCUGGAACAAAUGGGACCUGGAGCUGGUGACGCCAGACAGCCUUGAGAGGGAGUGCAUAGAGGAGGUGUGCACCUACGAGGAGGCCAGGGAGGUGUUUGAGGACACAGCCCAAACGAAUGUAUUUUGGAACACAUAUUCCAGCAGUCACAAUACAGCUCCCAGAGUGGAUGUGUCGGGUCUAGUGGCAGGAAUCUUGGCUAUUCUAGUGUCUGCUGUCAUAGCCAUGGUGCUGGGCUGCUACUGUUACAAGAACAAAGCUGGUAGAACGGCAGGCAGUGCUCCAGUGAGGAUGGUUGUGGAUGGCCAGCCUGCCCCAGAGACAGUGCCUCUGGCUGGGAUCAUCGCUCCAGGACUGCCCUCUUACGGCGAAGCCCUGACACGCAGUGGGCAGCAUGACGCGCCCCCGCCACCUUACUCUGGGGGGGCGCCAUCAGUACCUCCUGACCCAGCUGACAAUACUGAGAUUACUGCAAAUACUGAGGACACUGAGUGAAAAGGAGGAAAGGACGUUUUAAAAAGGGCCAUUCAUGAAGAGUGGGUGUGUGUGUGUUACAAGCAUCAAUUGGAGUUCUGGACAGUUAUAAGUGAGCACAGCUGUGAACAUUUCAACUCUUGUGAGUUGUUGAAAUAGAUACGGGAAAUGUCCAUAUAAUAGGAGAGCAUUUCAUUUUUUUUAUUCGGGGGAAGAGGGGAGUUCAUAGGGGGGCAAGGCUGAAGGAUGUUAUAGAUAGAGAAAUGAAGGGAAUGGGAUGAAGACUUGUUAAGAGGUUACCUGUGAGAAAGAGAAGCAAUCCCUUGAUUGCAAAAUGCAUCAUACGGGGAUGAUUCCUGUAUUUUGAAAGUUACAUAUCUUGACAACUUGAUUGAUGACAAGCAAAACAUUUUGGGACUAUUUCAACAAUGGGCUAAUGGAAUUUCCUUUAAUAUGUAUAAACUAGCAGAUGGUAUAGAAUUUAGGUCAACAUGUUGGCUAAUGUUUGUUUCAUCUCGGUUGUUUCUAUCUGUAUUGGUACAUGACAGACCGCUCUGAAAUUAAGUCUAUAUUUAUACACAUUUCUUAUUCAAAACAUUUGAAUAAAACGUUUUGCACCUAGCCCACUGGUCAAUCAGACAGUCAUCUAGAUUCCAUAGAGUUGCACGUUUCUUUCCCCCCCCCCUCUGCUCAGGGUCUGUUUAUUUCUCCCGAUUCAGAAAUGAGUAAUCCAAAAUGUUACGGUACUGAUUACUUUAUUUUUUGUUUAACCUUAAUCAAUAACGGUUACAUUUUUCAAGUAAUCCGCCCAACCCUGCAUAUAUCUGCACUCUUUAAUCGAAAUGUAUCUUGCAUUGCUCCCAAAUGUACCCUUUUGGCCUGUGCUACACUGUAUUCUGUCUGAGAAUGUUCUCUGUGUAUAUGACUAAAGGCUGGUCAGUCUGCAUCUGAGGUGGCCGUAUAGCAUUUACUACGAUGCUGCCUUCAUACUUAUUGUGCUUAGCUGAGCCGAGCUAUUGUGAAGGAAAUUGUCAAGGAAGUGAGUUCGUGUUUAUAUUGGACCUCCCGCUCCCACCUACCCUCAACCAAUCAUGUCAAUGCGGAGCUAUACAGAGCCCUUCGCUUUGUUACAAAAUUUGAGAGGCGCACGGCGAUGUGGUACAGCGCAUGAUUUGGCCUCUGCAUUCCUCUGGUGGCUCCGCAAUUGCGUCACACCCGUCAUACGAAGUCUCUGACCACAUUUCGGAUCAAACAUAAAUUGGCUUUUAGAAAGAGUUGGAUUAGCAGACACUGCGUAUGUGUGUGUGUGUGCGGGCACUGGAGAGGGAGAGAAAGCGAGUGAGUGGGGAGAGGGAGGGAGUGUGCUAACAUGCGAUCCAACCAGCCGCUCUAAAAAAAUGGCGUCUUAAGAAGAAAAUGACGUGUAACCCUCACAUCAAGAUUCUAGUAUGGCCGCGAAACCUCUCUUCAAUUCUCUCAGGUCUAUUUAUAAUUGGUUUUGACAAAAGAACGCGAGGAACAAUACAAUAUAUGUUGAUGCGCGGUACGAAUAUUGUAGUCGUUGCCAAAGUCAGAAGGCCCGCCUACUUGACCAAUCAGAUGAGGGAGUGGAUCACGCGUAUGCUGACCAGUUUGCAGGGGCAGACGAGAGACAUGCAUUUAUGCUGCGUUCAAAUGCUAGUCGGAUCUAGGAUACUGACAUUUCUGGCUUGCUAAAUGGUUGUAGUUAUGCACGUGCCGCGUUCAACGAAUCAUCAAGUCGGAAAUUCUAGUUCCGACUAGUAAGUGAACGCGGCACCAUUUUUAUCACUGAUUUCUUUAUUUAUUAGCUAUAAUAAAACCAACCGUUCUAAAUGUAAA